AUGUCUGAAUCAGAAAGUAAGUCAAUAAAAAAAGCGCAAAAAUUAUAAGGAAAAUUAUCAAGAAGCCAAAUGUUGGAGGAGAAAUUUAAAAUGGAAGAAUAAUUAAAAGAAAUAAGAGAAUAAUAUGGAAAUUUACCUGAAAAAAAAGCUGAGCCAAAAACAAAUACUCAAUAUAGAUGGAAUUAUAUCCUAAAUGAAAUGGUAUUAUUUUGAUUGAUAGUAGAGUGAAAUGUAAUAAUAUAUGUCUAGAAGACUUGAAUGUUUUAAAUUUAAGACAAAGAAAUUAGCAGAAUAAGCAAUUAAUAAAAGGUUAAAAUAUUACGAGGCAAUAAAAGAAAAAGAGAGGGUAAAAGUGAAAAUAAUAUAAAGAAUGAAGAAAAGAAUUAAUUUAGGCAAUUACAAAGAGUAGCCAAAACAGUUUAGAGAGAAUACUGGAAAUACGUGUGGUAAAUAAGAAAACAAGUGUAAUAAUUUAAGGAUGAUAAAAUAAAAGAGGAGAGUUAAAAAUAGAAAUUAGGAGAUAUAGUUACAAGAUUAAAAGAAGUAACAGAAGAAAUUGGAUAGAAAUUAUCAUAAUAUUAAAAUGCAUAAUAAGAGGAUGAAAUAAAUUUGAUACCAAUAGAGAAAUUUAAAACACUUUAUUUUGAAUUAAAAAGAAGAUAAAAUGCAUGGCCAGGGUUUAAAAAAUAAAUUUAAUCAGUUUAAUCAAGUAAUAAUAUAAUAUGAAUUAAAGAUAUUGUUAUUGAUUUAAUAAAAGUAGGAUAAGAUAGAUAUGAAAUAGCAAAAGUAGAAUCUAAAGAUGAAGAAGUCGAUGAGAGUAUUUUAGAUGCAGAUAAAUGUUUAAAAAUAUUAAAGAAAUCUAAAUAAUUUCCAUUUUUAUUUGAAGCGGAAGAUAGUAAAUAAAUAAUAGUAAUAAAUUAGGUUUAUUGGAGUAAUAACCAUUUUUAUUAAAUGGAUAAUUAAGAAUAUAUUAAUUAGUAGGAGUUCAUUGGAUGGCUAGUUUACAUUAAUAAUAAAUGAAUGGAAUUUUAGCAGAUGAAAUGGGUUUAGGAAAAACAAUUUAAACAAUAGCAUUAUUAGCAUAUUUAGCAGCAAAUAAAUAAAUUUGGGGUCCUCAUUUAGUAAUAGUUCCAACAAGUAUUUUGAUGAAUUGGGAAAUUGAAUUUAAAAGAUGGUGUCCUGCUUUUAAAAUAAUGACUUAUUUUGGUUCUCCUAAAGAGAGAAAAUUAAAAAGAUAAGGAUGGAGUUAAUUAAAUAGUUUUCAUGUUUGUAUAACAAGUUAUAAAAUAGUUAUUUAAGAUAGUAAAGUAUUUAAAAGAAAGAAAUGGUAUUAUAUGAUAUUAGAUGAAGCUUAACAUAUUAAGAAUUUUAAAUCUUAAAGAUGGUAAGUUUUAUUAAAUUUUAAUACAAGAAGUAGAUUACUUUUAACAGGAACCCCUUUAUAAAAUGAUUUAGGUGAAAUAUGGAGUUUACUUCAUUUUUUAAUGCCAUCUAUUUUUGAUAGUCAUUAGGAUUUUUUAUAAUGGUUUAUGAGUAUAGAAAAAGCAAUUUCAGAAAAUAAAACAAUUUCAGAAGAAGUUUUAAGAUAAUUACAUGAUAUUUUAAGACCUUUUGUUUUAAGAAGAUUAAAAAAAGAUGUAGAGAAAUAAUUACCAGAGAAAAGAGAAAUUAUUGUAAAAUGUGAUUUAUCUAGAAGAUAAAAAUAUUUAUAUGAUGAAUUUAUAUAAUCAUCUGGAAAUUUUGAAAUAUAAGGCACAGAUUUUGUAUCAAUAAUGAAUAAAGUUUAAUAAUUAAGAAAAGUGUGUAAUCAUCCUGAAUUAUUUGAAUAAAGACCAGUAGAAUAACCAUUCUUCUUUCCUGCUCUAAAAUUUACAUAUCCUAAAAGAAUUUAAAUUAAUUUAAAGUAAUCUCCAAUAUUAUUAAAUAUUUAAUGGCUUAAAUAAAGAUUUCCAUCUUAAGAAGUAUUAUAAUAUUAUUAAAAUAUAAUUGAACAAAGAAUUAUGAAUAAAAAAACAUCAAAAUUUGGUAAAAGAUGGUUAGAAAUAGAGAAUCAAUAAUUAUAAUCUAGAUUUAAAAUGAAUAUGUAAAAUAGUUAUUUGAAGAUUAUUUUUUAUCAUGCAUUAUUGACUUAUAAUCCAGAAAUUCUUAAUUUUUGUAAAGAAAAGAUAAAAAGUUUUUUGAUGCCAACAGUAGAACAUCUACUUGAAAAAAUGCAAGAUACAGUUAAUGAAUUUAGUUGUGUAAUUAGAAAGGUUGAUGCAUUACCUUAAUAAAUUUAUUAUAGUCCUUAUCAAUAAUAAUAACAAGAUUCUAUUCCAUAAGGAGUUGAUUCUUUAUUUUAUAUGAUUUAGAAAUAAAGAAUGCUUUUUCCUAAUAAGAAAUUGUUAAUAUAUGACUGUGGUAAAAUGAAUACAUUAGUGUCUUUAAUUUAUAAAUUAAAAUCAUAGAAUCAUAAAAUUAUCAUUUUUACUUAGAUGACUAAAAUGCUUGAUAUUUUUGAAGCUGUAUUAUCAUUAAGUAAAAUUUCAUAUUUAAGAUUGGAUGGAUCAACUCCAGUAGAAAUGAGAUAAAAGAUAGUUGAAAGUUUCAAUUAAUUAAAUAUUACAUGUUUUAUCUCAUCAACAAGAAGUGGAGGAAUAGGUUUAAAUUUAACUGGAGCAGAUACAGUUAUAUUUUAUGAUACUGAUUGGAAUCCAGCAAUGGAUAAAUAAGCUUAAGAUAGAUGUCACAGAAUUGGUUAAGUUAGACCAGUUACUAUAUAUAGAUUAAUAACUAAUUCUACUAUUGAAGAAAAUAUAUUCUUAAAAUCUUUAUAAAAAAGAUAAUUAGAUGAUUUUGUUAUGUAAUCUGGUAUGUUUAGUCCAGAAUAAAUAUUAAAAUCAUUUUAACUUUUUGAUGAUGAUAAAAUGGAUUAAGCUAUGAGAUAAGUUGAAGAUAAUGAUGAUAGAUAAGCUGCUUAGAAAGCAAUAAUUGAAGAACAAAACUAUUAAAUGAAUGGAGCAGAAGAAAUUGAAGAAAUUGAAAAAGGAGAUAAUAUGGAUUGGUUAAUUCCAACUUAAUUACCUCCUAUUGUUAAAUAUGGAUUAAAGAUGAGUGAUUGUAUUGUUAAUGAUAAUGCAGAAAUAUAAAAAUUACAAGAUGAAAUGGAAAAUGAUGAAGAAGAAGAAGAUGAUGGAGAAAAUGAUUAAGUAGAUGAUGAAUAAAAUCAAGAUGAAUAAGAUGAAGAUGAAUAAGAUGAAUAAAAUGAAUAAGAUGAAGAUGAAAAUGAAGAUGAAUAAGAUGAAGAUGAUAAUGAAGAUGAAGAAUUAUAAAAAAUUGAAGAAGAUUAAAAAUAAAAUAAAAAAAAAAAGAAAAAAAGUAAUAGCAAAAGUGUUGAUUAUUCUGAUUCAGAAAACCAUGUUUUUUGUGUUGAAAAUAAAAAAUGA